GUCGAUAUAUUCCAUUGAGUGAAGCGAAGAUGGACAUUCAGACGCUGCACAACAUCCUCCUGCAUACGUUUGCAGUGGAGACGGACGCCCGCAAGGCGGCGGAAGCGGCGCUUCUCAACCUACACACCGUGCGCGGCUCCAUCGUGCUGCUCAUGCAGUUGAUCUCGAACCUCGAAGUGCAAAAGGAAAUCCGACAGGCGGCGGGCAUCCAGCUCAAGAACAUCGUGUCCAAGCAUUGGGAAGGUCAAGCCCAGGCCGACGACUCGUACUUGAGUCCAUUCACGUUUGAGGACAAGUUAGAGUACCGCAAGUACAUCAUGGAAGGGUUGUUGACCACCGGCGUGGACGACCGGUCCAUCCGUUCGUUACUCGCCGAAGCGGUCAACCAAAUUGCGCGCAUCGACUUUCCAAUGAAAUGGCCCGGCCUUGUGGAAGAGAUCACGACCAACAUCCAGUCGGGGGACCCCACGCGCAUCUGCAAUGCGUUGCUUGUGCUCCGUCGUCUGUGCAAGAACUACGAGUACCGCAACGACGAGAACCGUGCGGACCUCAACACGAUCGUGGGCGUGACGUUUCCCCUGCUUCUCACCAUGUUGGAGUCGCUCGUACACAACCACUCGGUGGAAGGCGCCCGCAUGAUCCACUUGAUCUGCAAAAUCUUUUGGUCGUGCGUACAAGUGUCGUUGCCGCCAUACGUGACCAAUCUCCAGCGCAUGAGUGCAUGGAUGGACCUGUUUCGUCAGAUCCUUGCCAAGCGCCUUCCCGAAGCGUCCGAGGGCCUUGAGCCGCUCCAUCAGCCCACCGACCCCGACGCGCGGGAAAAGUGGCCGUGGUGGAAGGUCAAAAAGUGGAUUCUUCAAGUCGUCACGCGGUUCUACAUGCGCUGGGGCAACCCCAAGAGCGCCGACCCGGAGAACGUCGACAUGGCCAAGCACUACCGGUCCCACGUGAACCCGCCGAUGCUCGCCACGAUCAUGGAAACACUGGCGCUGCGCAAGCAAGGGCUGUUCUGCACCGAUCGCGUCAUGCAGCUCUCCCUGACCUAUGUAAACGAAGCCGUGAAAUCAUCGCAAGCGUACAAGCAGCUCAAGCCUCAUCUGCACUUUUUGCUCUUCGAGGUGGUCCAUCCUACUCUGUGCCUCACGCCAGUAGACAUGCAGUUGUGGGCCGACGACCCGCACGAGUUUGUGCGCAAGACGCACGACUUCAUGGAGGGGUAUCUGAGCCCUGUGAAUGCCGCGCAGGAGGUGCUCAAUAGCCUCUGCACCCUCCGCGGCAAGGACUGUCUCUCGAACGUGCUCAUGUUUUACAACCAAAUCCUGUCCACGUACGUGGCGUCCCCCGUCGAGUCGCGCGAUUUGAUCCAAAAGGAAGCGGCGCUACAUGGAUUGUCGGCGCUCCAGGGGCUGCUGGUCAAGUCCAAAGCGCACAAGCCGCAGAUCGAAGCGUUGCUGCAGGCGCAUGUCCUUCCCGAGUUUCACAACCCCCACGGGUUUCUCCGUCUGCGCGCGUGCAAGAUGUUUACCGGCGACUUUAUGACGGACAUUGUGUUUGCCGAUGCCACGAUCACGGAAUUGGCCAACAGCAUGAUGAAGAGCAUGGCCGAUGUCGAACUGCCCGUGCGCAUCGAAGCCGCCAAGGCGCUGCGGCACCUUGUCAUGUACGAGCACUCGACCGCCGUAUUGGACGCGAUGCGGCCCGUGUUGCCGCAGAUCAUGGAACAGUACUUUAAGCUCAUGGACGAGAUUGGAAACGACGAGGUUGUAAUCGCGCUCGAGCACAUUAUUGACCAAUUCGCCGACGAAAUCGGGCCGUACGCGGUGCAGCUAGUUGGAAAGCUCGUCGACUGCUUCAACCAGUUUGCCAAGGAAGGCGAUGAAGACGACGAUGCGUGCAUGACGGCGGCGUCAUGUCUCGACACGGUCAACACGAUCCUGUACUCGAUCCACAACCAGCCAGAGUACUACCCGCUAUUCCUGGACUCGCUCGUCCCCGCCAUCACGCUCAUCUUGAGCAGUGACGACUACACCGAGUACUUGGAAAGCGCGCUGGACGUUUUGGUCACGCUCACGUUUUACAGCAAGUCGAUCGCGCCUUCGUUGUGGUCGCUCUUUCCGCUGCUUUUCACGGCGUACCAAGGAUGGGCAGAAGACUACAUUACCAACUUUGUCUCGGUGAUCGACAACUACAUUGGCAUGGACGUGACCAACUUUCUCGCGGGGGGGGUCGUGUCGCCCACCGACGGCUCGCGCGUGUCGUACCUGGAAAUGGUGUUUCAAUUGGCGGCCAAUAUCUUCAAGCAGAGCGACGACGAACAAGACGACCGCAGCAUGGAGCUUGUGGCUGCGUGCAAGUUGCUCUACUCGUUGCUGCACAACUGCCUGCGCCACGACAUCAACGUGUGCGUGCCCCUGAUUGUCCAGAUCACGUGCCUUAAACUGGCGCGAUCGCUCAAGCAAAAGGUGGUCACGUCGCUGUUUGGCGUGAUCGCGUCGGCGCUCCACUACAACCCAGCGCUAACUCUGAGCACGAUGGAAUCGUUUCAAGCUACGGACCCGCUCUUCAAGGCGUGGCUGUCGCAUCUUCCCAAACUCACCAAGUUCAUGGACCAAAAGAUGUUUGUGCUCGGCAUCACGGCCGUGUUCAAGCUGCCACUGGCCGAGUUGCCGCUGUCGUUGCAGCCGCAUACGCACGCGUUGCUCGUGGGGGUAGUCGACAAGUUGCGCGACAUUCAAACGGGCGAAAACGACGAGGACGAAGGCAGCGACGGCGGCGACGGCGACGACAACGGGCUCGACGAAGACGAAGUCGAGCAGCUGGUCGAACGCGGGGGCUACGGGUCGGACGAGGACGCCGAGGCGCUGCAGGAUGCCGACACGGCCGCGUUUUUGCGAGAAAUGACCCGCCGCACCGACGACGACGACGACGACGGGUACUACUUUGGCAUGGGCGAAGAGGAAGAGUUCACGAGCGAGCUCGACAACAUUGACGAGUUUGCCGUGUUCUUGGAAACUGUCCAGCACAUGCUCACAACCAACCCCCAAGCAUGCCACGCGUUGCAAAUGGACACGGACGAGUUCAAGGUGUCGUGCGAGCAUUUUGCGGCUGAAGUACAGCGCCGACAGCAGGAAGCGUUGGACGAAGCGCAGGAUGCCGCGGCGGCGGCGGCGUCGGGUCCAUAAGUUGGACGUCCACAUAUCUCGCAAAGACGCUGGAUGUAGAAUAUAGAUGACGCGUAAUGUCGUUCAACACGUCGUACGUAGGCUGUAGUAAACAAGGUAGAUUUAAAGGGUGUGUGUAUAUACCAUAUGGAUAUAUAUAUAUAUAUAUGAUCAUGUCCUGUCGCGC